AUGUCACGAACAUUUCUACUCUUCACACUCGCAAUCGUCUGUGCCGUUGACGCCCGAAUGAGGCGGCAAACGUCGUCGGAAGAAGAGGAAGAUGGACCCGGAACUAUGGCAGUGACCAACUGGGAUCCGACGAUUCGGGAUCGUUACGAUAGUUGUAACUCGAUUGCAACUUUUGCUCCUACUCCUGAGCAGUACUGCAAGGCUUUCGUUAUGUGCUGUUCAAUGCAGUUCGAUCCUAACAAUGGCGACAAGUGCCAGACGAACGAGCAACGGUGCAUUCCUCAGGAGGUAUGCCAAUUUUGA